GUCACCAUUUUUUUCUGUUUUUGACUCAUGUUAUUGCUCUUGUCAGGCAGAAAGAAGACGGUGGAGAAAACGUGGACGGUGUCUUUCUCUAAUGUUUAAUUUUGGCAAUUUGACAUCUAGUUUGCGUUGAUUAAUACAAACAACAGAGUGAAGAAAGAUACAGCGAUAAAAUGACGGAGCGGUCGUCGUUGUUACUUCGUAAACAAUUAGCAGAGCUCAACAAGAACCCAGUGGAAGGCUUUUCUGCAGGUCUUGUGGAUGAUGAUGACAUCUAUCAGUGGGAAGUGCUCGUCAUUGGACCUCAAGACACAUUAUUUGAAGGAGGUUGCUUCAAAGCCACUUUAACCUUCCCUCAUGACUAUCCUCUGAGGCCUCCCAAGAUGAAGUUUAUCACUGAAAUCUGGCAUCCAAAUGUGGCAAAAAAUGGCGACGUGUGCAUCUCCAUCCUGCAUGAACCUGGUGAGGACAAGUAUGGCUAUGAGAAGCCUGAAGAGCGCUGGCUGCCAAUCCAUACAGUGGAGACCAUCAUGCUCAGCGUCAUCUCCAUGUUGGCAGACCCCAACGGAGAGUCUCCUGCCAACGUAGAUGCAGCUAAAGAGUGGCGGGAGGAUCCUAAAGGAGUUUUCAAGAAGAAGGUGGCUCGCUGUGUGCGGAGGAGUCAAGAGAUGGCUUAUGACUAAAGGCUUACUCCAGUCACCAACACAAUUGGAACUGCACAGGGGAUCUGACAACUGGUUACACUUAAGUCGGCUACAUGACCACGGGGAUGUCAACAUCAACUAGUCACCAAAACAAGAAAAAGAAAAAAAAAAAAACUUAAAACCCCAUAUUUCCCUACUAAUUCAUGUCUUGCAGUUUGAGGGUUGCUAUUUAUACAUUUUGCUGAAUGGCAGUGACAUUCAUGCUGCCAAAAGUUAGCUUUUACUUUCCCAUUUUCCACCAUCGGUUGCUCGAGACACUAUUUCAGGUGAAGCAUUUAACUUUCUCUGUUGUGUACAUACUCAUCAGAUUUUACAAGAAACCAUCCCCUUUGAUAAAUAAUGAUAAACCAUUUUGUUAGUUUACUUUCUAUUUACCUAUUUAUUUAGAGUGAGACUGCUUUGAGAUGCGUAUCGUCUGUUAUGGAGGGUUUUUUUGUUUAUUUUCAGCCUGCCACACUGAGCCAUCCAGUCUACAGCUAUUUCAUCACUUAUGCAAUUUUGCAGUCAUUAAAGAGAUAGACGUACAGACACUGGCUCUCCUUUCCCUGCACACACCCUCAGUGUUCUGCAGAGAAAGUGGUCCUCCUCUACCCGAGGGGCGAACUUCUUAUCACCCAGCGCUGCCUUAACUUUGAACGCCAGCGAAGGACACUUAUCUCCAAAAAGGACUGCAUCUGGAGGCUUGUUUUGAAUCCAGACAAACUAUUGUGGACAAACCAAAGAGAAUAAACCAAUAAAUAUAUAUAUAUUUUAAUUAA